GCUUUCACGGUCUUUCAUCUCGAGCAGUCAUCGCGUGCGUUUGCCCGCUGUCCGUUCUCUAAAUUUAUUUCUUAACUCUUCUGAAAUGGCCGUUCCUGCGAUUGGUAUAGAUUUGGGUACAACGUACUCCUGUGUUGGUGUGUUUCAACACGGAAAAGUCGAAAUUAUUGCAAACGAUCAAGGAAAUCGCACCACGCCUAGUUAUGUGGCUUUUACCGACACCGAGAGAUUGAUCGGAGAUGCUGCUAAAAAUCAAGUAGCAAUGAAUCCGAGUAACACAGUUUUCGAUGCCAAACGCCUCAUCGGACGCAGGUUCGAAGAUUCUGCUGUGCAAUCCGACAUGAAACAUUGGCCAUUCGAAGUCGUCAGCGACGGCGGUAAGCCUAAGAUUCAAGUGGAAUACAAAGGCGAAAAUAAAACUUUUACUCCCGAAGAAAUCUCCUCCAUGGUUUUAAUCAAAAUGAAAGAAAUUGCUGAAGCUUACCUCGGUAAAACAGUCACAAAUGCUGUAAUUACAGUCCCGGCUUAUUUCAACGAUUCUCAACGGCAAGCGACGAAAGACGCUGGCACCAUUGCAGGAUUAAAUGUCCUUCGUAUCAUCAACGAACCAACUGCGGCCGCUAUCGCUUAUGGACUGGACAAGAAAGGAACAGGCGAAAGAAACGUUCUCAUUUUUGAUCUUGGCGGAGGAACCUUUGAUGUCUCCAUUUUAACUAUUGAAGAUGGUAUUUUUGAAGUAAAGUCCACAGCUGGUGAUACCCAUUUAGGUGGAGAAGAUUUCGAUAACCGCAUGGUCAACCACUUUGUACAGGAAUUCAAGAGGAAGCACAAGAAGGAUUUAACUACCAACAAGAGAGCUUUGAGGAGGCUGAGAACAGCGUGCGAAAGAGCAAAGCGUACCCUUUCUUCAAGCACACAGGCCAGCAUAGAAAUAGAUUCCUUGUUCGAAGGCGUAGACUUCUACUCCACAAUCACACGUGCCAGGUUUGAAGAGCUGAAUGCGGACUUGUUCCGAAGCACUCUGGAGCCGGUGGAGAAAGCCCUGAGGGAUGCCAAGCUCGACAAGGCCCAAGUCCACGAUAUUGUCCUCGUGGGAGGUUCAACCCGUAUCCCCAAAAUCCAGAAAUUGCUGCAAGAUUUCUUCAACGGCAAGGAAUUGAACAAGAGCAUCAAUCCCGACGAAGCCGUCGCUUACGGAGCCGCAGUCCAAGCUGCCAUCUUAAAUGGCGAUAAAUCCGAACAAGUCCAAGAUCUGUUGCUGUUGGAUGUCACGCCGCUGUCUUUGGGUAUUGAAACUGCCGGUGGAGUCAUGACUGUUCUGAUCAAGAGAAACACCACCAUCCCGACUCGUCAGACCCAGACAUUCACUACUUAUUCCGACAAUCAGCCCGGCGUACUCAUCCAAGUCUACGAAGGCGAACGUGCGAUGACGAAGGACAAUAACCUCCUGGGCAAGUUCGAGCUGACUGGUAUUCCACCUGCGCCUAGGGGCGUGCCUCAAAUCGAAGUCACGUUCGAUAUCGACGCAAACGGCAUCUUGAACGUCUCUGCCGUAGACAAGAGCACCGGUAAGGAGAACAAGAUCACCAUCACGAACGACAAAGGCAGGCUGUCCAAGGAGGAGAUCGAAAGGAUGGUCAAGGACGCAGAGAAGUACAGAGAUGACGACGACAAGCAGAAGUCCAGGAUAUCCUCGAAGAACUCGCUGGAAAGUUACGCUUUCAACAUGAAGUCCACCAUGGAAGACGAUAAGAUUAAAGACAAGAUCUCCGAGGACGACAGGAAGAAGGUUCUCGAUAAAGUCAACGACACGCUCAAGUGGCUGGACAGCAACCAGUUGGCAGAAAAGGAGGAAUACGAUGAUAAACUUGCAGAGCUGGAGUCCAUUUGCAAGCCUAUCAUCACCAGUAUCUACCAAGCAGCCGGAGGUGCCCCAGGGGGCAUGCCAGGAGGGUUCCCAGGUGCAGGUGCUGCACCAGGAGGAGGUAGCACAGGUGGCCCCACCAUCGAGGAGGUAGACUAAAAAAAAAGACAUUCCGUUCCUGUAUUUAUUUCGAACUUAGAUUGUGAUUGAGACUGUUGGAAUAAGCUUAAGAAAGCUUAUAAGUGACUCUUUACAAAAGAACUGCCUUUUUCAAAUGUUUCAGGUAAAUUUAAAGUUUUUUCAGGACAUUUUUCAUCCAAUUCAUAUUUUUAUUUUCAUGUUUCGACUGUUCAUCUAGUUACAAUUCUUCGGCUGUUCUUUUUUUGUAUAAUUUCUUUCCAGUUCUGUUAAUAAAAAAAGAGUAAGAUA